AUACUGGUGACCCUCGGCUCGUCCGCGUGACGUCGUGCCGUGACAGAUCAACGCCGCGCCAUCGCUCUGGUCUGGCUCAGCUGCCAUCCUCAAAACAGCCACUUCUGAAAAUGGCUGACGGUGGUGACGGUUCUAAUACUUCUUCUGGAAAAGAUAGAAGAAAUACUGUUACUGAUGGCCCAGUCACCGAUCCUGCAGUCGCAAUAAAGAGCCUAGAGGCAUCAAAUAAUGCCUUUCACGGCCCGAGAACAAAAUUAGAAAGCAAGUCAGGCGCUUUGAAAAAGGCGAGCCGUUAUCGAAGUCGUUCCUUAUCUGCCAGCAGUACUGACAGUUACAGUUCUGCAUCUUAUACAGGAAGCUCUUCUGAUGAAGAUGAUAUCUCACCUCGUGAAAAGAUUCAGAAAACGGAAAAGGGUUUUACUGAGUUCUGUGUACGGAACAUCGAUCAACAUGCCUUCGGACGUAGGGAAAUUGAAAUCGCAGAACAAGAGAUGCCAGGAAUCAUGGCUCUACGCAAACGUGCUUCUGAUGACAAGCCACUCAAGAACGCCAAAAUAGUCGGAUGCACUCAUAUCAAUGCUCAGACUGCAGUUCUGAUUGAGACUCUUGUGGAACUUGGUGCCCAAGUUAGAUGGGCAGCAUGCAAUAUUUACUCGACACAAAACGAAGUAGCCGCUGCUCUGGCCAAUGCUGGUUACCCGAUUUUUGCAUGGAGAGGAGAGACGGAAGAAGAUUUUUGGUGGUGCAUUGACAAGUGUAUAGCGGCGGAAAACUGGCAGCCUAAUAUGAUCCUAGACGACGGAGGAGAUGCCACGCAUCUUAUGUUAAAAAAAUAUAACGCUAUGUUCAAAAUGAUUCAAGGAAUUGUUGAGGAAAGCGUAACCGGUGUACAUAGGUUAUAUCAAUUGUCCAAGGCUGGCAAGUUAACCGUCCCUGCUAUGAAUGUGAACGACAGUGUAACAAAAACCAAAUUCGACAAUCUCUACAGUUGCCGCGAGAGUAUUAUCGAUAGUCUCAAAAGAUCUACCGACGUUAUGUUUGGAGGCAAACAAGUAGUCAUUUGUGGAUACGGUGAGGUGGGAAAAGGUUGUUGCCAGGCUUUGAAAGGACUCGGUUGCAUCGUAUAUAUUACUGAAAUCGACCCUAUUUGUGCUCUUCAAGCCAGCAUGGAUGGAUUCAGAGUGAUGAAGCUUAACGAGGUUAUCAGAAACGUGGAUAUCGUGAUCACGGCGACUGGAAACAAGAAUGUCGUGACACGUGAGCACAUGGACAAAAUGAAAAAUGGUUGCGUUGUGUGCAAUAUGGGCCAUAGCAAUACAGAAAUAGAUAUAAAUAGUUUACGUACUCCCGAUUUGACGUGGGAAAAAGUUAGAUCACAAGUGGAUCAUGUGAUCUGGCCGGAUGGAAGGCGCAUAGUGCUUUUGGCGGAAGGUCGUUUGGUCAAUCUCUCCUGUUCUAGUAUUCCGUCCUUCGUCGUCUCGAUUACGGCCGCCACACAGGCACUGGCAUUGAUCGAACUUUUUAAUGCCCCGUCAGGACGCUACAAGAGUGACGUUUACUUGCUGCCUAAAAAAAUGGAUGAGUAUGUCGCAUCCUUGCAUCUACCUACGUUUGAUGCACAUUUAACAGAGCUUACCGAUGAGCAGGCGAAAUACAUGGGCCUUAAUAAAGCUGGACCUUUCAAGCCUAAUUAUUAUCGUUACUGAAUGAUGAAUUGACUGGAUAAAAAUCUGAAGAGAAGACGAAAACGACCAGAUGUCUAAUAUUAUUCGUCUCUUUCACAUCACAUUCUUUUUUUGGUCUAUUUUCUGAAAACCGAACAAAAAAAUUUCGGCAUUUACAAUGUACAUUGUAUCAUUUGCUGAUUUUCGCAAACGACAUAAGUCAUUAAAAAGCCAUAGAUUUUAAAUCAACUCUGCCUCAGACAAUCGAGAUCGGAGUUUAAAAUCGAUUGAACCAUUAGUUAUUUGGUUAUUUUAAUCCGUACUUUUAAAAAUAUGAUAGUUCUUUAAUUUUUUCGUUGACUUUUAGAUGAUUCGUAAACUCAAGUUAUUGAAUUCAAGUGGUAAUUAUUGUCUCUUUUACAUGGUUGCUACACUUUAAUAAUCAAUUUACGGAAAAAUCAUUUUCGUGGAAAUAUCUCUAAUCAGUAUUAAAUCUUUCAGUAUCUAUAAUUUAAAAAUUUUAUUCAUCAAGUUGGAAAUAUUCUAAAUUUCCAGAUUUUUUAGUGACAUAGUAAUCGUGUUCAAACUAGAAAUGUGAAGCGCGUAAUCAUAAAACUAUAAACAAACUGACAUGACGUUAUAAAUAAGAAUUAUUUUACUGAAUUUAGAUUUUUGAGCUCGUCCAACAAAUGAGACGAAUUUGUAUACUUUAGGAAUUUAUAGUUUCAUGUUUUGCAGGAAUAUUUCUUGAUAUUGUAAAUAUUUCAAUAAAAAAAACAAAACAAGAAAAACGAAAAAUAUUAAUCGUAUAAUUUCGUGUGAAUCCUCCUAGUUGUUUUGAUUAAGGAAAAAGCUCGUCGGUUUGGUUAUAGUUCAAUGCCUUUUUUAAUUAAGGACAUUAUAAAAUGAAAAAUGAUAUAUAAUUCAAAUCCAGUUGCAAAAGAGGAAAAGGCUUUAAAAGUUUUGACAAAUAUUCGGUAAAAUCAAUUUUGAUCGAUUUAUUUCGAAUUGGCAAGUAAAUUCUAGGUAGAUCUAAUCUUAGAAUAAAUACAAUUUCACUUUAAAAUAUUCUUUAAUUAUUGUAUCGAGCGAAAAUUGGGUUCUAAAAAUGUAAAAUCAUAUUUCUAUGAGAAAAAACUCAUAAUUUUAUUAUAUUCAGCUACUUUAGUAUUACUUGAAAUUGUAUCGCGUCUCAGGAAUGAACACUCUGAUCAUUUUUUUAAAAACAAUUACCUGAAUUUUACAAUCUUUUUUGAUCUAAUCUUAUAUUGUGCUUGUAAUAAUUAUUUUAGACAACAAUUUCCUUUGAUGCAAGAAGAAAAAUAGUACCAAAAGUGCGAAGAAGCACUAUUACUCUCGUUUUAAAUACGUAUCACAAUAAUAUACUGAACGAAACUUACGUUUUUUUUUAGUAAACGCCUCGUUUGUACAUAAUAUGAAUUUAGUGGCUUGAAGGUUUUUUUCAUUAAUCGAUCAGUAAUGAUCGGAAAUUUUAAUGCAAUGAAGCCAUACAUUUUAACUUGUGGUAAUAAAUAAUGAGAAGUCUGCUUCAAUUACACUUUUAUUCGGAAUGCUUCUACAAAGCAUUCAAAAAAUCUGUUUAAGCUGAAGAUAUAGUUACCAUAAUAGGUGCACUUAAAUUGAUAGAGUGAGGAAUUACAAUACUUUCUGAUUAUUAUUCCAUUUUGCAAUAUCUUUUUUACAAGGGCUUAAUUUUUUUUUAAUUUUGUAUGCAGAUUCUAAAAAUGGAUAAUAUUUUACUCAAAAUACAAAGGCCUAAAACGGUGAAAAAUGCUUGGAAUCAUUUUAGUUGAAAUUAUAUUUCCAUCAUUUGUAUUUAAGUAGUACGAAGAAAUGAUAAUUGUAUUGCAUUGUUUGAAGUAAAGACUACUUUUCGAAAAUUCGACAAAUUGAAUAAACAUUAACAUGAACAUUCGACAUGAUUGAAUGUUUAGAAGUGGAAUUGAAAACGUUAAUUUUUUUGCAACUUAAGAAUGGUAAAUAAUAAAGUGUAAAUUAUGUAUCCAGUUCACCGCCUGUUAAUAUGGUACACAAAUCAUAAGAACUUUAUAAGAAAAUACUUUAUAAAAAUAGUAAGUAUGAAUAAACAAUUUGUAGCACGUUACGGUGGUAAAUAAUUUUUGUCCAAAGGAUUCCAACAUUUUAUACAAAGAUUUUAGAAAAAUUCCAGCUCUGAAAAUAUUAAAAAUCAAAAUUUAUCAAAGUAGAAUGAAAUUUGGAAAACUUAAUUUUUUAUUGUCCGCCGUAAUGCCAUCUAGAACUUGUCGUUUUGAAAGGUAGGGAAAGUGGCACCGAUGUAUAAAAAUGUUUCGAAGAAUGCACUAAAAUCAGAAUAUCUAAAAUCUAGAUUCUAGAUAAAACGUAUUGUAUUAUGAUAAAAAAACUGAAAAAGAAGCAUUUUCAUUUGCUUCUCUUGCAAAUACAGAAGAGAAUUUUCGAUCGCUCAGGAAUUCAAAAAGAAAUUUUAUAAUUGUGCUUUGAUUGCUACUAACGUGGUGACAAGAUUAAGAUGAAUGGUGUUGUAGUGAAGGUAUGAAUUGUUUGACUACAUUUGUUGUGAGAAAUAGGCGAAGUGCACUGUUGAUUUCUGUACACUAGAGCGCGAAAAAACUUCUGUUAUACUAAUGUUAUUAAUAUUUUUGUAACACAACAAACUAUAAAUAAAAAACGUCAGUUACCGAGAGCUCAAAA